GAAAAAAAGAAAAAAACCUACAAUAGAAACACAUCCCUUCGGCGCGUGCGAUGCACUGAAAAGAAAGCAAGCGAGAAAGAGGAACGAAAGAUAGAACAUAAAAAGCAAAGGAAAGCAGACGUAGCAAACCAGCGUUCCGUUCCGUUGUAUUCCGACAUUUUCAUCUCUCUCUCUGUGUCUCCAUCCAUCCAUCCAUCUCCCGGGCGAUCGAUCGAUUCAGUGGGUUUUUUGGGGUUUUGGAAUCGUUCGAUCGGCAUGGCUGCUGAGUUCGAUUCCCCGUCGGAAUCCGGCAAGGUGGCCGGAAUCGCGUUAGAAUUUCCGGCGUGCGAGUCGACUUCUCCGACGAAGGUCCCUAGGCGAAUUCGGCAGCGGCUUCUUGAAAGCAGCCCCUCUUCUUCUUCCUCAACUCUCGAAGAAAUCGAAGCCAAGCUCAGAGAAGCCGAUCUCAGAAGACAGCAAUUUCACGAGUGGUUGUCGAACAAGGCCCGACCGAAGCCAAGAAGUCCAUCGUGGUCAUCACAAGAUGAAGACCUUGCACAGCGGCUUGAAGCGAAGCUUUAUGCAGCUGAGCAGAAAAGGAUGAAUAUUUUGGCAAAGGCUCAGAUGCGUUUGGCUAGGUUGGAUGAGCUGCGGCAAGCGGCAAAAACUGAGGUAGAAAUGCGUUAUGAGAAGGAACGUGAGGAACUAGGCACGAAAGUCGAAUCGCGUGUACAACAGGCGGAGUUGAACCGAAUGCUUCUUCUCAAGGCUUAUAAACAGAGAAGAGCUGCAGCUCAGGAAAGGACAGCCCAAUCUCUGUUGCAGAGGAGACUUCGAGAGAACAAGUACAAAGAACGUGUCCAAACUGCGAUGUGCCAGAAGCGUGCUGCCGCAGAAAAGAAGCGAUUGGGAUUAUUAGAGGCAGAGAAGACACGUGCUCGUGCUAGAGUGAUGCAGGUACGACGGGUGGCCAAGUCUGUCUGUCAUCAACGAGAGAUCGAGAGACGAAGAAUGAAAGACCAACUGGAAGAUCGGCUUCAAAGGGCAAAGAGACAGAGGGCAGAGUAUUUGAGGCAUAGAGGAAGUCCCUACAGUUCAACUCGCAUUAAUUGGAAUAAGAUGCACAAGCAUGGGGAUUUCCUUUCGAGAAAAUUAGCGAGGUGCUGGAGGCGGUUCCUGAAGUCUAGAAGAACUACUUUUGCUCUGGCUAAAGCUUACGAGGCCUUAGAAAUCAACGACAAAUCUGUCAGGUCGAUGCCAUUUGAGCAACUUGCUGUCCACAUUGAAUCAGCUGCAACCCUUCAGACAGUGAAAUCUUUACUUGAUCGGUUGGAGAGCCGUUUUAUGCUUUCACAGGCUAGUUUGUCGAGAUUGGACAACAUCGAUCAUCUGCUCAAACGUCUAGCUUCUCCAAAUAGAAGGGGGGGAUCUAAUAACACUGCUAAGACUAGAGGGACAAAGAAAGGAUCAAAGAAAGAAACAAAAAGCCUGGAAGUAAAUAAAUUGUUGAGGUACCCAACAAGAGUAGUACUCUGUGCUUACAUGAUUUUGGGCCAUCCGGAUGCGGUUUUCAAUGGGCAAGGGGAGUGUGAGGUUGCACUUGCCGAGUCGGCUGCAAAUUUCAUCCAAGAGUUUGAGUUAUUGGUUAAGAUUAUAUUAGAUGGUCCUUCGCAAAGCAAUAGUGCAGGCUCCUCAAGGCAAUCAUCUCCGGAUAUAAUGGCCGACAGUUUGGAUAUUGAGGAAUCUGCCCCAUCACCAACUCGACGGACCUUCAGAUCCCAGCUGGCAGCUUUUGAUGCAGCAUGGUGUUCUUAUCUGUACCGCUUUGUGGCGUGGAAGGUUAAAGAUGCAAGGUCUCUAGAGGAGGAUUUGGUUAGAGCUGCUUGCCAACUCGAGCUUUCUAUGAUGCAGACAUGCAAGCUUACUCCUGAAGGCAGCAGCGGCGAUCUUACUCAUGAUAUGAGGGCUAUCCAGAAACAGGUUUCUGAAGAUCAGAAACUUCUGCGGGAGAAAGUGCAACAUCUGAGUGGUAGUGCUGGCAUUGAACGGAUGGAAUGUGCUCUCUCGGAUACGCGGUCCAAAUACUUUGAAGCAAAGGAGAAUGGUAGCCCGACAGUGCCACCAAUUGCUCAUAUUUCAUCUUCAACACCCAGUUCUUCAGCUGGGCCUUCUGUUCCAGUCUCAGAGCAAAGGAGUCCUGUUGAAGGCAGUCAGAGCUCACACCGUGUAGUUCGCUCCUUGUUUAAGGAUGCCCCAUCCUCAUCCGAAGUCGCUUCAGCUGCUCCCAGAACUUCAGAUGCUCAGCCGAGUUCUUCUACGAGUGAGAAUUUAGUCACUGAGAAUGAACUGCUUGUUAAUGAAAUUCUCCAUGCGGGUCCUCGCGCAUUUGCUGAUAGCUUUGUUGUCAGCAAUGAAGAUCAGACUGUUAUCCAGGCAAAAAUUAAAGAGACAAUGGAGAAGGCCUUUUGGGAUGGAAUUGCAGAGUCGUUGAAAGAAGAUGAACCUGAUUAUGGUCGAAUAGUCCUACUCGUGAAGGAGGUGAGGGAUGAACUGUGCGAGAUGGCUCCUAAGAGUUGGAAGCAAGAGAUUCAUGAAGCUAUCGACCUGGACAUCCUUUCUCAGGUGCUUAAGUCAGGAACCCUUGACAUGGAUUACCUUGAGAGGAUCCUGGAGUACUCAUUAGCCACACUGCAGAAGCUUUCUGCUCCAGCGAAGGAGGAUGAAAUGAGAAAGGCCCACCAGAAUUUGUUGAGUGAGUUGGCAGAGAUAGCUUGUGCAGGUGGAAAAUUAAACAGCUCCUUUGUCAUUGCAACGAUCAAGGGCCUGCGCUUUGUUUUAGAGCAGAUUCAGGAGCUGAAGCGAGAAAUUAGCAAAGCACGCAUACGGAUGAUGGAACCGUUCAUCAAGGGUCCAGCUGGGUUUGAGUAUUUACAGAAGGCGUUUGCAGAUCGCUAUGGACAUCCAUCUGAUGCCGCAAGUUCUCUACCGCUGACAGUGCGGUGGCUUGAAUCUGUGCAUGCCAUUGUAGAAGAAGAGUGGGACGAACAUAAGGAUUCUCUCUCUGCUUUGACGAUGGGCAAUGCAGGUUCUUCUCAGGGACUUCCUCCAGCCUCCUCCCUCAGGACUGGUGGUGCUGUUCCAGUGUCAGGGAACCAGGUUCUGAUGGUUUCUCAUUCGCAGACCUCUGCAACAGGUGAUCAGCUACCAGAAUGCAACGGAGGAAGGGUUGAUAUGUUGGUGAGGCUUGGUUUAUUGAGGUUGGUUUGUGGGGUAGAAGGGAUGACCCAAGAGGCUCUUCCUGAGACUCUGAAGCUCAACUUUUCAAGGCUAAGGGCUGUUCAGAGUCAGCUUCAGAAGAUCAUUGUCAUCUCUACCAGCAUGUUGGUUCUCCGCCAAAUUCUGCUCAGCGAGAACUCAGCCACCAGUUCUACUAACGUGGAAGCCGUCAUCUCUGAUUCCGUUAAGAGGCUCUCUGAACUACUGGACCGUGUCACAGAUGCAGGCAUUGCCGAGAUAGUCGAAACGGCGCUUGAGCCAUCAUCCUCAGCCGAGGACAGAGAAAAGGCCAGCAGCAUGGAAAGGCUCCAGGCGAGGAAGAAGGUGAUGGCGAGCAUGUUGGCUAAGAGCCUGCAAGCUGGGGAUGCUGUGUUCUCUAGGGUGGCCCAGGUCAUUUACUUGGCGGCAAGGGGGAUCGUGUUCGGUGGAAGCACAACCAACGGAUGUAAGUUGGCGGACACUGCCCUGAGACGUGUGGGGUCAGCUGUUCUUUCUGAUCGUGUGGUGGAGGCAGCGGAGGUGCUGGUGGUGACAGCAAUGGUGUCGGGUCAGGUUCAUGGGCCAUGGUACUCGGUCCUGGUUGAAAAUAUUUGAUUAGUUGGAAAUUAUUCUUGUCCAUUUGCCUUUGUAAAUACAAAUGCAUGUCUAUAUUUAGUACAGUCAGUCUCUGGAGGAGGAAGGGUUGUGCAUUGUAAAAUAAUCUAUCCAUGAAGGUGGUAAUGUGUAAAAUUGAUGGUUUUAGGUUGAAAUAACAGAUUCGCUGAUGGUGUUUUAAAA